AAUCCAGACUAUUGUGCUUUGAGAACUUGUGUGAAAGUUGAAAUCCCUUCUUCCUUGCAACUCCCCCAGCUCCUCUUCCAGACUCAACUCCUGUCACUUGCAAACCACCUGUUAGAGCUUGGAAGGGAAAAACAAAUCUCGAUCUAUUGUAGUUACAUACAUCAGAAAUGUUGCCUGUUUAACAAAUCCAGUUGAAUAGGACUUGAAAACUUGAGAGGGCUUGUCAUCUGAAGAGUGGUUGAGGGUUUUGGUUCUGUUUAGGAUGGAGUUUAGAAGGAUGGGAGGGAAUUUUAUUGGCACUUACAGAAUACUGAGAGGCCUGGAAGGAUUGUACAUGGAACAGAGAAGAUGUUUCCACUAGGAGGAGAGAUUAGGACAUGCGGGCACAGUCGCGGAGUGAAGAGGCCAACCUUUAGAACUAAGGUAAGAAAGAAUUUCUUCAGACAGGGAGUGGUUAAUCUGAGGAAAACAUUGCAGGAAGCCGACGUCAUUCGGACUAUUUAAGAUAGAGAGAGAGAUGGGUUCUUGAUUAAUAAGGGGAUCAAGGCUUUCAGAAGAAGGCUGGCGAUUGGGCUUCAGAAACAUCACAGCCAGAAUUGAAUGGCAAAGCAGACUGAGGAGGUUGAAUGAGCUAAUUCUGCCCCUAUAUCUUAUGGUCUUAUGGAUUUGACACUAAAUAUUUCAUUGGUCCUUUUGUGAUGAAGCCACUUCUGGGUGCAAGUGUUUUUUUAAAAUGUCUUUAGUUUUUGCCUUAUAUAGUCAGGAAGGCAAAUGUAAUGUUGGCAUUUAUUGUGAAAAGAUAUGAAUCUAAAAACAGGGCUGUACCUCUGAGGCUUUAUAAGGCUCUGGUCUGGCCGUACUUGGAGUACUGCGUGCAGACUUGGGCCCAUAUCUCAGGAAGGAUGUACUGUCCCUGGAACGUGUUCAGAGGAGGUUCACGAGAAUGGUCCAGGGAAUGGAAACCUUAAAAUAUGAGGAACGGUUGAUGACUCUGAGACUAUACUCAUUUGGAGUUUAGAAGGAUGAGGGGUGAUCUAAUUGAAACUUUCAGAACACUGAAUGGCCUCGACAGAAUGGUUGUUGGGAAGAUGCUUCCAUUGGUAGGAGAGACGAGGCCCCGAGGGCACAGCCUUAGAAUGAAGACAAGACCUUUUAAAUUGGAGAUUUGCAGAAACUUCUUCAGCCAGAGAGUUUUAAAUCUGUGAAAUUCACUGCCACAGAAUGCUGUGGAGGCCAGGAAAUUUAAAACUGAGACAGAUAGGUGCCUGAUUAUCAAGGGGAUCAAGGGCUAUGGGGAGAAAGCAGGAGAAUGGGGUUGAGGAACUUAUCAGCCAUGACUAAAUGGCAGAACAGACUCAAUGGGCCGAAUGGCCUAAUUUCUGCACCUAUGUCUUACGGUUUUGUGGUCUUAAAUAAUUGCAGGUCUAAAACCUUUGACAGCCCAAACUCUGAGAAAGAUGAAGAACCAAGUUCACCAAAAGAGACAGCAACAAUUUCAAAUUCUGGAAAUGUUGACAGUGCAAAUGGUGAGGAAAAUGGAAGUUGUGUUUCUUCAGGAUCCAGCGAAAUAAUUGCUGAAUAUGGAAGCUUUGACACCUCAGAGGCAGAAGAGAUUCCAGUAAUCGAUUCAGUGAACACAAACAUCGGGAACAAUGAUAACAUUCUGAGCUGUGAGGAGCUUGAAAAUCCAAUUCCUCCAAAGACAGUUGCUGAGAUCAGAAAGUAAGUAUUGAUCCAAUAUGUGAGGAAAUGAUGCUUUAAUCGGAAUACAAAAAUAUGAAGGGCAGCUGCUGGAGGUCUGGCAUUUUCAGGAGCAUUACAUAGAGGCUAUCUCCCGAAACUUAGCAGCAUCUGUGGAGAGAAAGCAGAGUGGGCGCUUUGAGUUAAGGUUCCCCUGUUUAGAACUUCACACCUCUGAAGAAAUGUCACCUGGCUUCACUUGAACUCUGUUUUCUGUCUGUAGAUGCUGCAAAACCUGUAGAGUUUCUCCAGAAACAUCUGCCUUUCUUUCAGAUUGCCGGUGUCCAUAGUUUGUUUGUUUUCACAUUAAAGAAACAGUUGGCUGUUGUUCUAAUAUUUGCUCUGUUCUUAGUGUUGUAAAAAGAAAUUUUAGAUGGAAGUUUGUGGUUCAUGCUGCAGGCCUUCUGCUGGAUCUGAAACCUGGAGGCCUUGGCCGAUUCCAGCGGUGACCAAUACAGAGAUUGCUGCCGGCGUUACUCACCAGUUGACGGUUUGGAUCAGUUUUGACAGCUGCUGGUCCAGUGAAAGGGAUGGCAGAUCAGCAUCCUUCUCAGCCCAACUGUUAAUGCUGAUUGUCACUGAGGUUGUGUAUGCACUGUCCCUGGAACGGGUUCAGAGGAGGUUCAUGAGAAUGGUCCAGGGAAUGGAAAGCUUAAAAUAUGAGGAACGUUUGAGGACUCUGAGACUAUACUCAUUGGAGAUUAGAUGGAUGAGGGGUGAUCUAAUUGAAACUUUUAGAAUACUGAAUGGCCUGGACAGAGUGGAUGUUGGGAAGAUGCUUUCAUUGAUAGGAGAGACUAGGACCCGAGGGCCCACUUUUAGAAUAAAGAGGAGAUCUUUUCAAUUGGAGAUUUGGAGAAACCUCUUCAGCCAGAGAGUGUUGAAUCUGUGAAAUUCACUGCCACAGAAGGCUGUAGGGGCCAGGUCAUUGAGUACAUUUAAAACUGAGACAGAUUAUCAAGGGGAUUAAGGGUUAUGGGGAGAAAGCAGGAGAAUGGUGUUGAGGAACUUAUCAUCCUGACUGAAUGGCAGAACUGACUCAAUGGGCCGAAUGGCCUAAUUUCUGCUCCUCUGUCUUAUGGUCUUAUGGUCUUAAUGAAUUGCAGGUCUAAAACCUUUGACAGCCCAAACUCUGAGAAAGAUGAAGAACCAAGUUCACCAAAAGCGACUGCAGACAUUUCAAAUUCUGGAAAUGUUGACAGUGCAAAUGGUGAGGAAAAUGGAAGUUGUGUUUCUUCAGGAUCCAGCGAAAUAAUUGCUGAAUAUGGAAGCUUUGACACCUCAGAGGCAGAAGAGAUUCCAGUAAUCGAUUCAGUGAACACAAACAUCGGGAACAAUGAUAACAUUCUGAGCUGUGAGGAGCUUGAAAAUCCAAUUCCUCCAAAGACAGUUGCUGAGAUCAGAAAGUCUAAAACCUUUGACAGCCCAAACUCUGAGAAAGAUGAAGAACCAAGUUCACCAAAAGCGACUGCAGACAUUUCAAAUUCUGGAAAUGUUGACAGUGCAAAUGGUGAGGAAAGUGGAAGUUGUGUUUCUUCAGGAUCCAGCGAAAUAAUUGCUGACUGUGAAAGUGUUGAGUCCAAACACUGUCCGAAUUCUGAUGAAAUUCAGAAUUUAAGUUCACCGGAGAAGGGAGCGACAGUCAAGAAAAGCAUAGACUUCAACAGAUCAAGCUUUCUAGAAGAAUAUAAUUUCAGUCCUGCAGAAAAGGAAACACUAAUGAAAAUUGCUAUUCCUGAAAUUCUCGAAAUCUGGCUGGAGGAGUCUGCCGAAGACUUUCGUCAAGUUCCAACUUACUCUUGUCUCCGGAAGGUACUUUCCUACUUGAACCAGACAGUGCCAGGGUCAGAUGCUGAACAUCGGGCCCAGAAACUCCUGAGUCGGUUUUUGGCGGAGGAAACAGCGGAGAAAGAGAUGUUUAAAGGCUACCGUAGAAGAGUCAGAUUCUAUGUGGGAGAAGAACACGACCAAACCAUCGAACAAGUUGACGAAAAGCUCCUGUCCUACCCAUCACGCUUCAUUGCAGAGCAGCUGACUUUUAUGGAUGCUGAUCUUUUUCGGAAACUUGUGCCCAGCCAAUGUUUAGGGUCCAUCUGGUCUCAACGAGGGAAGGAAGAAAAACAGCAUCUGGUAUCAACCGUCCAGGCCACCAUGACACAGUUCAAUAAUGUUACAAAAUGUGUCACCAGCACCAUAUUAAGACGCCAACAGUUGAAACCAUGGCAGACGGCUAAAAUCAUUGAGAAAUGGAUUGAUGUUGCCCAGGAAUGUAGGAUUUUGCAGAAUUUCUCGUCAGUGCAUGCUAUUACCACUGCAUUGCAAUCAAAUAGUGUGUUCAAUUUGAAGAAGACUUGGGCAGCCGUGUCAAAGAGCAGUAAGACAACAUUUGAAGACCUUUCAAACAAUGAAGAAGAUAACUUUGUAGCGAGUAGAGAGCUGCUAAUGGAGGAUAUCGUUCAGGGAAUUGUGCCGUACCUGGGAACUUUCUUAACAGAAUUUUCAGCACUGGAUUCGGCUUUCCCGAAUUACCAUUCAAAUGGCUUGAUCAACUUUGACAAGAGACAAAAACUCCUCUGAACUCGAGAAACCGCCAAAGCCCAAAAAGAGUGUGUUUAAACGCCUCAGCUGCCUGUUUUCAAAGAGAGGUGUUAAAAUACACAACACUCAAACUAAAAGCUCUGAG